UGUUUACAGUCAAAAGAAAGAACCAAGUGUUUAUAAACGCAAUAUAUCGUGACCAUGAUCUACUAGAAUCUAAACAAGCUGUUCGUAGCUGGUACUUGCACUUCAUCAUGGUGGCAAAAAAGUCAGAAUAUCAGAAUCAGUUCAGGUCCUCUGUCGUUCGAAAACAUCAGGCAAUCUACUUGGAAAACCUGAACCUUCGCCAUCAGAGACGUGACAGAGAAUUUGUACACACCCCUAUUUGUUGGGGAGAGCUGAGUGAUGAAACAGACCACACCACAUCAGACAGCAAUGAGGACGACAAGCCGAGAACAGCACCAGAGGAGAAACACACAGAGGCUGAGCCUCAGUAUCAGUCCAUAGCGGAGAUUCUGGCAGAUUCUAGACAAAAAGCGGAUGCUUUCAAACACAAGAGGUCUUCAGAGAAAACGGUUGUACAAACAGAAAUUCCCAGUUUCGAAAAGCUUUCUUUAGAUUGUAAAGAAGGCGACCUUCAGGAGAAAAAGCUGUCUAGAACCGCAGAGGAGAACUUAAAAGGGCAUAAAAAGGACAUUGGGGACAAGUCUCUCUCAAUUUAUGAUAUUGUCGAUGAUGAAAAUCGUAAGCUAAAUGAAAAACUUACAAAGACAUAUGCUCUCUCAAAAGGAAAGAUCAUUGCUGACAUUACUGAUGAGUCGGAUACUGAAGGGGAUGAAAAAGUGCAAGCAGAAAUAGAAAAUGACUCCAAUCUGAGAAAGCGAACAUUUGUAAAGAAGAGAAGCAGAGGGUCAAGAGUGGUCCACAAGGGGAAAGCUGCUGACUGUCCCCGAACUUCUUUUGAGUCACGUAGCAAAGCACAGCCGAGUAGAAGUUCUGAUUACAGCUCUAAGCAUGAGUCACCUGUCCCUCCGCUUCCUUUACCAGCAAGAAUACGUCGGCCAGACCGACAGGCUCGUAUCCCUAGUGCCAAGUCAAGACCAAAGUCUGCGGCAUCAUCUGUUGGAGAGAGACCUCCGUUCAUCACCUAUGGAGCUGGGGACAUGGAAGACAACCUUGCUCUUCACAGAACACACAAUGUUCGGGCACCUGCAAAUGUUUAUGGCGCUGCUCUGAAAGCAAAGAUAAGACGUGAAGAGGAACGGAGGAAGUACAGAGAGCGUAAAGAGUUGGCUAAGAAUAAAGCAGCUCUGAUGGACAAAUUGUCAUCUGUCAGUCCGCGGGAGCAGUUGGACUUGAGGUCAGAGUACCAGAAGCAGUUCCAAGCCUACGAGCCAAAGGAGUAUGAAAGAGCUGUGUCGGCACGGGCAGUCAUUCCUCGUUCAUCUCCGAUUCGUGCGGUACAUAGAGGUGGCUGUUUGGUGGUGCAUGUUGAUUAGCAGUGAGUAGUUAUAAUUUAUCAUAGCUAUUCAGUAUAGGAAUUUUACAAAUUUCAUUUUAUUGCAUCUGAUGAAUUCAGCUUUCAGAUGAAGGAAAUGUGCUUACCCUCUGUUAUUUGGUCUGAUGUUGAACAAAAAUAGAACCUCGCAUUGAUUGCUCAACUUUUUUCUCAAAGUCAAAGUACAGAGAAUCAGUCAUAUUUAUUAUUAUAUUUCGAAAAGUAAAUCAGGAUUUCAAGUACAAUGAGGCAGAAGAUCAAUGUCCAAUACAUAAAAGUUUUCAUUUUAUAAUAGUUGUAUGCUUUGUAAUUGUAGCAGCAUGGUCAUGUAUAUCUUAAUAUAUAUUCUUUUGUAAUACACAUAAUUUUAUUUAGAUUUUCUGAUUUCUACAGAGGGACCAGUGUACUGAAACUUUGAUAUUUUUUUAAGGGUAAUAAAAUGCAUUAGGAACAAAAUAGUCAUUGUAGUCUUUAAGUUCAACUUGUCUGUGUUGUCUUGAAUUUUUAGUAUGAAUAAGGUAAUAGGGUGAAAUAUGGAAUGUGAAUAAACUUACUUAAUUGCCAGUUUAGUAGUCUAUUGGGCACACUAUUUAUGAUUACACAAGAUAUAUUUCAUGAUUAUGAGUUGAUGUACUUUGCCAUUUUUUCCGUUUCCUGGAGGGGAAACAUUUUUUUGUAUCAGGUUCAUAUAGCCACCCUGGUUGACUUUGAGUUUCAGUUCACUUUAUCAUUGAAGACUCACGUUUUCUCAGUGAUUGCCUUUAUCUUAAUGUUUCAAUUUUUUCUUACGUCAUAAGAACACAUAGGAGGCUCCCAUGGUCUGGAAAUAUGGUGUUCGCUUCUCAUUGAAAGAUCCCGCGCUCGAAAUCUGACAGCGACAAAAUAUUUUCUUGUCUAAAAUUUACUCUCCUUUCACCUCCUUUCCUGUUCUCUUGGCUUGUUCUGUCAUCUACUUUCAGCCUCAGCUCCCUCUUGUGGGCUCCUCUCUCCUUUGCUCCUGACUCUUUCUACUGCUACUUCUUGCUCCUUCUAACUGCUGUCUUUCAACAACACCCCUGAUCUUGGGGUAGGUAAUAUCUAACACUUAUCCUUCUCGGAUAAGGAUGAAAAAUUACUGCUGUCCUGUGUGCAAGCUACACCUGUUAAAGAUCCCUUAGAAGUCCUAAAAUCGAUGAGAGUUGGCUUCGGCCGCCAGCUGUGCAAAAUUCAAUCCUACCAAAACUAGUCUGUAUAAAAAUAUAUUAUAGAAUACCUUUGAAAUCAGAAUGUGGCUUGCCUGAAGGCAAGGGGCCCUAAUAAGUAGGAGGAACGACCACAUACAUAGAAAUCAGUUCCCUGCGCUUUGGAGAACUAGCAGUUCAGUACUCCUGAAAUCUAGCAGAGCAACGGAAAGAGGACGAGAACAAAUAGGUAAAGGGGAUUAGAAAAAUCCCCUCUGUGUUUACUGAGUUGUAGCUGCACCCCCGCCCCCUCCAUCUCUUUUACAUAAUAAAUGCACCCUCAAAAAAAUGCUGUUAAGAUAGCUAUUUACUGGCUGUAUCUUUUUUCAGCAGGAAAGAGGGGAGAGUGUUUGUGUUUUGUACUCAUUUUUUCACCUGUUUGACGUAAGUGGUGUGAUUUGUCUCUUUCAUUUAGUUCAAUAUAGAUGUUCACUUGGGUAACGCUCAUUUCUGCACAAGUUAUUAUGUAUUGUUCGUAUUUGAUACAGCAAGUACUUAUGUUUAAAAAGUCAAAAUGCUUUGUUUCUUUUUUGUUGUGACAUGCUAUGCCCAUAGUAUUUGUUAUAGUUUGAUUUAUUGGGAAGCAUUUGCUAGUAAGUUGUACAGUGGAGUCCACUUAUAACGAGUCCGGAAAAAACAAGAAGUCUGUUAUAAAGACACUAUUC